CGAAAUCAGCCUCAAUUUAACAGAAGCACCUAGCCAAUUUUGUCCCCUCAUAGGGUGUGGUGUGUGUGUGUGUGUGUGUGUGCGUGUGUCUGUUAGCUAUAGGAUACCUUGCGGUUUAGGUAUGAAGCUCAACACCGCCCUCGGUAACGCUGCUUCACUGGGCCGGCUUCGGCCGCGCCUCGGUUCGUCGAUAACCACCCCGACGACGAUACAAUGGACGUGCACAUCCUGUCGGAACCAAUCGUCAAUUGCUGCCGGACGCGCGGCGGCGGGUUUUGCGCUUGGGAACAGCGGCCGUCGAACUGUUGCGUCGUCGGUUCGCGGCAUCACGAGCUCGAAAUAUUCUAGGCAUGCCUCGACAACAAGCCAGUCGCGGCCGCAGUCCGAAUACCACCAGCAGCAACAAGGAGGCUCGAGGAGGCCGAGAGGUAGCGGCGCAUUGCUGCUUGCCACCACCGGUGGUGCGGCGAGCGUGGGUAUUUUGGCCUUUACGGACGACAUCAAGGCCGGUUACGAGACGGUCGAGAGGUGUGGCCGUGUUGCGGCGGCCUUGGCCCUCUGUAUUAAUGACUACCGAUCAACAUUGAAGAAGCGCGAUGGUUUGGAGGAUGCCAACGAGCAGGAGAAGCUAUUAAGCGAGUGUCACAAAAGAUGUGCGGUCCGGACGCUCAAGGUCUUGGAGAAGAAUGGCGGUAUCUUUAUCAAGCUUGGGCAGCACCUGAGCGCCAUGAACUAUCUCCUUCCCAUCGAAUGGACAACAACAUUCAUCCCACUACAAGACCGCUGCCCCGUCAGCUCGUUCGAAUCCAUCCAGGCCAUGUACCUCGCCGACACUGGCAACCAGCUUUGGGACGUCUUUUCAGAGUUCAGCUCGGAGCCCAUCGGCGCCGCCUCCCUUGCGCAGGUUCACCUGGCGACCCUCAAAGCCGACGGCCGUCGCGUGGCCGUCAAGGUCCAGCACCCAGGCCUGGCCCAAUGGGCACCUCUUGACCUGGCCCUGACCAGGUACACCUUCCAGACCCUGAAGCGCUUCUUUCCCGAGUACGACCUCAGCUGGCUGUCGGACGAGAUGGACCUGUCGCUGCCUCAGGAGCUCGACUUCCGGCUCGAGGCAUACAACGCAAAUCGCACACGCGAGUACUUUUCCAAACACCCCGAGCUGCCCCUCGUCAUCCCCGAUGUCAUCCAGGCCGACCGGCGCAUCCUCAUCAUGGCCAACGAGUCGGGCCACCGGCUGGACGACCUCGACUACCUCGACGGGCAGGGCAUCGACCGCGACGAGGUCUCGGCGGCGCUGGCGCGCAUCUUCAACGAGAUGAUAUUCGGCGACGGCGCACCGCUGCACUGCGACCCGCACGGCGGCAACAUCGCCAUCCGGAAGCGCGAGGGCGGACGAGGCAGCAACUUCGAGGUCAUACUCUACGACCACGGCCUAUACCGCGACAUACCGCUGGACCUGCGGCGGUCGUACGCCAAGAUGUGGCUGGCCGUGGUGGAGGGCGACAUGGACCGGAUGCGCAAGUACGCCCACGAGGUGGCGGGCGUGACGGACGAGUCGUUCCCGCUGUUCGCGUCGGCCAUCACGGGCCGCGACUUUGGCGUCCUCGCGGCGUCGUCGGGCGCCGACGGCGCCGCCGGCUCCGUGCUCCUGGCCCCGCGCUCCCUCGACGAGAAGCAAACCAUGGGCAGCGCCCUGCAGGGCGGCCUGCUGGCCGACCUCGUCCAGCUCCUCGGCAAGGUGCCCCGCAUCAUCCUCCUCAUCCUAAAGACCAACGACCUCACCCGCAGCCUCGACGAGAACCUGCACACGCGCCAGGGUCCCGUCAGGUCCUUUUUGAUCCUCGCCAGGUACUGCACCCGGACGGUGUUUCUGGAGCGGCUGGAGAAGCUCCGCGAGCGCGGGUCCCUGCUCUGGCCGCCCAACGCCGUCGGCUUGCUCGCCGCCUGGGUCGGGUACUUGAAGGUCGAGGUGCAGCUUGAGGCGUUUGAGAUGUGGCUGUCGGUCAAGAGGUGUGUCGUCAGUCCGGUUUUGGAGCUGGUGAUGAGGAGUAGACGGGAGCAGAGGGCGGUUGUGGCGUUAUAG